AACAAGUUUGAUCAGCUAGUGGUCUCAACAAAACCACCCAAUUUGCGUAACAACCUGUUGUUGUGGUUAACAUUUCCUUCAGUGGGGGGGUUCUGUGGGAAGCUGUUGGGUAUAAAAUACUCAUGCAGUCAUACACACUCAGAGAUCUGCACUCACUGGCAGCAAUGGAAUCAUCUUCGGUCCUGAUUGUGUGCAUUCUGGUGACAUGUUCAGUAUGGACAGUCCACGGGAGAAGCAUCGAGGUCAACAUUGAGGAUCAGGAGCAGGUGGAAAUGGAAAUCUUUGUGGAGGCCGGCAAGCUUCCAGGUUUGUGCUGGGCAUGCAAGUGGGCUUUAAACAAGGCCAAGAAAGAGUUCGGACGGAACAGAACGAGAGAGAAAGUGACUUCAAAGCUGAUGAACAUCUGCAACCAAAUUGGCCUCUUAAAAUCGCUGUGCCGCAAAUUUGUCAAGUCAAACAUAUCAGUGUUAAUCGAGGAGCUCACGACCACGGAUGAUGUGCGGACCAUCUGUGUCAACACCAAAGCCUGCAAGCCAAAGAAGUUGUUCCAACAAGUUUAUGAAAGUGACGAGGGUGUUCAAACAAAUGAAUAUCCCAAACGUCGCAUGGAUGGAUGAAUAAAUAAAAACAUCCUAAACAGGAAACGCUUGUGGUAGUGACGGACUGACCACACCGUGCAUUAAGCAUAUGAUAUGAAUUCUGUCACUGCAUUUACUUUCUCUUGUACUUUUGUUCUUUGCAAAACCUGUAAUGUUACUUGCCAUUUCUGUAUCUGUGUACAACUGGUCCCAAUAAAUGUUUGCAUUUCAAA